UCAGAGUCGCGCGCGGGACGUGGGGCGGUACUGACUCGCUGUGGUGGCCGCGAGCUUGACGCCCGGACUCUCGAGGGAGACGCAGAGCGGCGGGAGCCGGCAGCCAGAGCAGCCUCGGAGUAGCAGCCGCCGUCUACCGCAGAGCCCAGCCGACCGGCCAUGGCGUUGUCUAUGCCGCUGAACGGGCUGAAGGAGGAGGACAAAGAGCCUAUCAUCGAGCUCUUCGUCAAGGCCGGCAGUGAUGGUGAAAGCAUAGGAAACUGCCCCUUCUCCCAGAGGCUCUUCAUGAUUCUUUGGCUCAAAGGAGUUGUGUUUAGUGUCACAACCGUUGACCUGAAAAGGAAGCCUGCAGACCUGCAGAACUUGGCACCAGGGACCCACCCACCAUUUAUAACUUACAACAAUGAAGUCAGAACGGAUGUAAAUAAGAUAGAGGAAUUUCUCGAAGAAGUCUUGUGCCCUCCUAAGUACUUAAAGCUUUCACCAAAACACCCAGAAUCAAACACUGCUGGAAUGGACAUCUUUGCCAAAUUCUCUGCAUAUAUCAAGAAUUCAAGACCAGAGGCGAAUGAAGCGUUAGAAAGGGGUCUCUUGAAAACGCUGCAGAAACUGGAUGAAUAUCUGAAUUCUCCCCUCCCUGAUGAAAUUGAUGAGAAUAGUAUGGAGGACAUUAAAUUUUCUACACGUAAAUUUCUGGAUGGCAAUGAAAUGACAUUAGCCGAUUGCAACCUGCUGCCCAAACUGCACAUUGUCAAGGUGGUGGCCAAAAAAUAUCGCAACUUUGAUAUUCCAAAAGAAAUGACUGGCAUCUGGAGAUACUUAACGAAUGCUUAUAGUAGGGAUGAGUUUACCAAUACUUGUCCCAGCGAUAAGGAGGUUGAAAUAGCAUACAGUGAUGUAGCCAAAAGGCUUACCAAGUAAAGGAGGCUUUACUUAAACUAGUGAGGCUUUCACAUCUUGCCCUAACAGAAUAUGCUUUUCCUAACAGACUGUUCCUCUUCCUGUGACGCAGAAAUUUUAUUUUGCAUGGACUUGUAGUUACUCAAGAUUAGGAUAAAGGGAUAGACACGGUGGUAUAGUAGCUAUCUUAAAAUACACACUCCUAAGCAGUAUUAUUUGAAAAUUCUCUUGCCCCGCUUACCUUCCCUACCCCUUUCCUCCUCUCCUCUAAUUUGGAGGACACUUUGUCACAAACUUUGCAGUUUAGAGGUAGUUUGCCAUCUUUUUGGAGCCCUCACUGUAUGUCCUUCACUGUGUAUAGCUGGCAGGACUUUCGAGGUGCAAUGUUUAACUGUUAACAUAGCCAUGACUUCAUCAGUCAGCCCCAAACUGGUGCACAAUGCAUGGUACAAGGACUAUUUAUGUAUUUUUGGAAUUUUAUAAUAUUUAGUAAGAGUAUGUGAAAGGAUUGCUACUGUAUCAGAAAUAUGCUGUUUCAAUUUAGUCUAUCCUGGAUAUGUACUACCACCAGAGAAGAGAGCCUUUUAUGAAAAGUCACUACAGAUCUUGCUGUUUUCCUUUGUAGAGGGAUUUUUAUUUUUGCCUAAAGGCAUCUAUCAUUUAUAUCAAUUUUAACAUCUGACACUGUAUAUAAGCUAAAAGCUUGCAAGAUCUUGCUCAAGCGUUUUAUCCUUCUAAGAGAAGCUGAUGGGCACCUGAUAACACUCUGUCUAAAUCUGUUGUUUGGUAUAUGUAUUUUGCCCAGUGCCAUUCAUUUGGAACAUUAUUGCUUUUUUCUGUUUUGUAUUAAUUGUUAAAGUUCCUUUUAAGGUAAGCAUAGACUUCUGCUGCUUGUAGAUCUUUUGAACUUCACUACGUAAACUAAUAUUUAGUUGAUUUAGCUAUAGCAGUACAAUGAUUAGUAACGUAAGUAUUAACACUUAAAGAAAUUAACCUAAGUAAUGUAGACCGGGCUUGUCAAAAUAUCAAGUGAAGUUUUGUUUCUAAAGCAUAUUUAAUGUAGAUAGUUAAUCUAAAGAGUGCAUUAACCAUCCUAUAUUAAAUAUAAGGUAAAACACAGUUCACCAACUUUCCCAUUCCACCCCCAUUUAACGUUAGACUUUGGGUAGAGGGUUGUUCACACCUUUUGAACUAAAUUGUAGUUGUGAUGACUAUGUAUUUUCUACAGUUUUGCCUAAUCUCAAUCAACACACUUCUGUGACUUUAAUUUUUCUACAGCUAUAUUGAGGAGUAGCACUCUGCAUAUUUUUGUUUAUUUAAAUUAGAAGUCCUAAACCAGGAAUUAUUUGUGUUCUAACAGGGGAGGACAGACUUGGUGAAAAUAAACAAAAGUUUCUAUGUAUUUAUUCAUUUUUAUUUUUUAAUAGAUUUUCUAAGUACUACUCCAAAGACUGUGGUUGUGACUAUAAUACAUUUUUGGUAAAUUUUUAUACCUAACUUGUUUUAAGAAGUGCUAUUUCUCAUAGGCUAGUUUUAGACAUUUUAAGUACAUUGCUUUAAAAUGGCAAUGUUUUCCCCCUCUUAUAUGCUAACAUUUAGUAAACUCUGGCUUUUUGAUAGCAGCCUGACUUUUAUAAGCAUACUGCAUUUUUUUACCUAUCAGUAAUUAGCUUGGUAUAGAAAGAUAAGUUCCACAUUUCAUCCGUUUGGUUCAGGGAGAUUUCUUUGUCUUUCAUUUCUUAGAACUCCUUAUUGCUGAAUUAAAAAUUCUGACACUUAUCUUUUUGUAAUUAAAUAUUGGACAGUGAUUUAUCUGGUUUCAGGAAGAAGUGCUGUCAGGUGCAUCAAGCAAAUUAUUGAGAAAUUACAUUUCACCAGCUUGAGUGGGUGAGAGUGUUAUAUCUGUACCAGUACAGAGGCAGGAAUCAUCACUUCACUUACUUUUAAAAUAGUGGUAACUUGGCAUGCAGAUGACAUGGUGUGAAAAAGAUUCCGGAGAAGGGCUGUGUAUUCUUCCUAGUGAAUGGUGGACUAAGUGGUACAAAGGGGAGGGCAAAUGGAGGAAGCAGCUAUGUUCCUCAAAAUACAGUGAUCAAAAACACAUUCUGAAA